CGUCGCCCGAAGCCAAUUGCCCAAUAUGCGGCCCUCGUACACCUGCAACAGGUGCCUCUCGCUCAUCAAAGCCGCCCGGCCGCAAUUGCUACCCUCGUCUGCGCUGCACAUCGCCCCCCAGGGAUUCUUGCAGCGAAAUCACUCCACCUGCAAUGUUCCUGCACAGCCCAAGCUCUCGCUGCCAAAACGGAGCAUCUCGACCACGUCGAACCGCAACUUCCAGGGCGCCUUCGAGCCGUACGAAUAUGUUGACCCGGAGGGCCACCGUCGGAAGAUGGUCCUGACCGAGGACAAUCUCUUCCACUCGUUCACGCACUCGCCCAUUCCUGCGAUCCGCAAGCGCGCAGCUUAUAUGCGACAACACGCCUACUGCCCGCACCCUGAUCACAAGCCUACCAGGGCCCCGAACAAUCCCGAUGAUCACGAGGCGCGCAAGAACUCGGACGGCACGCCGCCCGCCCACGUCGACUUUGAGUGUCCCGACUGCGGCAUUCCCGUAUACUGCUGCGAGGAGCACUGGGCAGACGACUACGAGAACCAUUUGGACGUGUGUGAUGUCUUGCGGCAGUCCAAUGAGGAUGACCACGAUCUGCAUAGUGGCCGCUUCUUCAAGGAGUUUCAGUUCGCGGAGCCGCAGAUUGAAGAAAUCCUAACCAACAUGAGCAGUUGGGACACCUAUCUGUACACCCGAGACUACGAUGCGCUGAACAAGGAUCGCGAGAUGCGCCAGGCUACUAAGCUCCUGACGUACCCUAUGACCAUCGCCAGUGUCAUCAAUGAGCUUAGCCCGUACAACAUCCGCAAAGGUGGACGCAUGACGCCGGAGGGUCUGAAGAGCUUCGGUGCUCUGCGCCACACCCUCCAUCCGCCCAGAACUGGUGGAGGUGACACCUGGAAGAACGCCCGUCUCGCCCCGCCUUCGGUGCGUCUCUUCAUCCUCGGCGCAAGAGCCGAAUCUUCCCUCCCGCGAGACACGUGGAUGCAACUCGCGUACCUGUUCCACCGCGUACAAUUCUCCCUACACUUCAUCGGCCCGGAAAGCAUGGCAAACCGCGAGAAAGAGCUCCCGCUCCCUGAGCGCACCGCAAACAACCCCUUCGGUGCCGUGAUUGAAGACCGUAUUUCCAACGCCAUGAAAAUCAGUACUUACGUCGAGUACUACCACACCAUGCACAAAACGGGUCACUUCGUUCCUUACGACCCCUACUUUGACUGCUUCGUGUGCUUCCAUCCGGGCUUCGGAAAUCCGGCCUCACUGCAUGAGUGGGAGGAGACGAUACCGCUACUUUUGGAGACCAAAGUGCCAAUCAUCGCCACGGCCUACUCACCGAGUGACCUGGAACAGGAUGUUGGGUUCCUGCAGAAACGCUACGGUAACGAGAUGGAUAUGUUGCUCGAACCCGGAGUGAACAUCUUCAGGAGCUUGAGAUGGGACCUGAAUGAUCUCGAUCCGCAUGACGCAACUUGCAGCAACUUUGGCCUUUAUGCCUUCAGAGGAAAGCGGUACGAAGCGACCAAGAAGGAGAAGGAGGAGGAGGUGCACAGCGAGCGCACUGCGUAAGAUACGGAUGUACAACCCCUUGUGUAAAUAUGCCUGUAGAAUGUACACUAUUGUAUGUACCGAAGGUACUUGCCUGAUAAUGUUGGUGAGUGAGUGUAGUGGGAAAGAGCCCCCAGG